CUUUGUUCUCUUACUGUGUAGUGUGUACGUACUGCUUUUCUGGUGAAGAACCGAAAAUUGCAAAAGUUAAAAUAAAUAAAUAAAUAAAUGAAUAAAGGAGGUUACGGGGGGAGAAGCAUCUCUCUUUUUCUUUGGCUGGAGAACGGUAGUAGCUUCUUUCAUCGAAUAUUUGCUUUCUCUCCUCUCAAUUUCUCUGCGCACUCUCUUUCAACUUUCUUUGCCCUAAAGCUCUAGAUAGAAAGUUGAACAACUCCGUUGGUAAAGCGGUGUCCUUUUGUAAUGGGGAAGGGUUCGAAGAGCAACUGCAAGUCAGCAUCACAUAAACUUUUUAAGGAUAAGGCUAAGAAUCGUGUGGAUGAUCUACAAGGGAUGUUUUUGGAUCUGCAGUUUGCCAGGAAGGAAAGCCGCUCUACUGAUGUUGUAGUGCUUGAGGAGCAAGUCCAUCAGAUGCUCCGUGAAUGGAAAUCUGAGCUCAAUGAGCCCUCUCCAGCAUCUUCUUUACAACAAGGUGGUAGUCUUGGACCUCUUGGUUCAUUUUCUUCUGACAUUGGUCGGCUCUUGCAACUUUGUGAAGAGGAAGAUGAUGCAACUAGUGCACUGGCUGCACCAAAGCCUGAACCUAAUGAUCAAAAUCUGCAGGUUGCAGAUGCUGGUGUUUUUCAAGAGAAUUAUGCAGUGAAUCAAGGGCAAGAAGAACAUGGCCUUCCAUUAGUUGAUCAUUGCAAAGACUCCCCUUUAGGAGCCCACACUGUACCAGUCAACAAAGUUGAAGGAGCUAUUCAAGUGAACUACCAUCAUUUUGACUUACAUCAGGACUUUGUGCAUGACUUCUACCCUGGUUUCACCAAUACAGAUUUCUCUGGGGAUGAAGCAGUGAUAUCUAGCUAUCUUCCAAGUGUCUGCCCACCAACUUCUGCAUUCCUAGGUCCUAUGUGUGCACUUUGGGAUUGUCCUAGGCCCGCUCAUGGUUUGGACUGGUUUCAGGACUAUUGCAGUAGCUUUCAUGCUGAGUUAGCAUUAAGUGAAGGGCUGCCUGGAAUGGCUCCAAUUGUACGACCUACUGGGAUAGGCCUCAAGGAUGGUUUGCUCUUUGCUGCUCUAAGUGCAAAGGCAGAAGGAAAAGAUGUUGGUAUACCAGAAUGUGAGGGUGCUGCAACUGCAAAGUCUCCGUGGAAUGCUCCUGAGCUCUUUGAUCUUUUGGUUCAUGAGGCUGAAACAAUAAGGGAGUGGCUCUUCUUUGAUAAGCCUAGAAGAGCAUUUGAGAGUGGGAACAGAAAGCAGAGGUCUUUGCCAGAUUACAGUGGACGUGGCUGGCAUGAGUCAAGAAAGCAAGUCAUGAAUGAGUAUGGAGGUCUGAAGAGGUCUUAUUACAUGGACCCACAGCCACUGAACCAUUUUGAGUGGCACCUCUAUGAAUAUGAGAUCAACAAGUGUGAUGCUUGUGCUCUGUAUAGGCUAGAAUUGAAGCGUGUAGAUGGGAAGAAGGGUGCUAAAGGUAAAUCAACAAUCGAUUCAGUUGCUGAUCUGCAGAAGCAGAUGCGAAAGCUCACUGCAGAGUUCCCAUCUGAUAACAAGCGGUUUGUGAAGGGAAGGGCCAAGGUUAAUGCAAAGGCUGGUGGCACAAAUCUUUAUCCCACAACUAACGUGGUGGCACCAGCAAACGAAAAGUUUGACUAUGAUCUUGGUGUUCAGUAUGAUUAUUUUGUUGACAAUAGCAGUGAUCGCUACCUGACUUAGUCCAAGAAACAGGAGGUGGAAGUGGUUGCAUUCCACAAAUCUAGUUAUAUAAGCUGAAGCAUUUUAAUUCAUAGGAAUAAUGGGGAUUAUGGGUCUUCACUACCAUUCUGCAGUUUUGGAUCACCAGAAUCAUCAAGCUCUUAAUUUAAUGGUAAUAAAUUCAUGUAUAGUUGUCACAUUAGGCAGCCCUAGCUCGAGCCCAUUCUGACCUUUUGGAAGAUUAUCUCCAGCGACAGAAAUGACUGUUUUUACUCGUCCAUUGAGAUUGGUGAGCGCUAGGAAUUUGUACCUAUUGUUUGGCUUUCAAAAUUAUGCUGAAUCUCUCAGCUGCUAUGAAGACUUCUGAGUUUGUUCCUGCUUAUGUAUGAUCGAUGAAAUACCACUAAAUCAUCUACAAUGAAAUUGUAAAUUUCUUAAAUAUAUCAAUCGUUCUACA